CAUAAUGCAAAUAUUUGCAAAUAUUUGUUGAGAAAUUCCGCCAAUUUUCUUGGCCACAUAUAAAACUCCCCCAGCCUCCGAAAUGGCGUUCAUCCGAGCAACAGCAUCACCCAGCCACACCAUGAAAACAGGCCAACUGGCACUAGGAAUCCUGGCGAUAAGCCUGUGCAUUUGGGCAACCAACGCGGCCUCAUCGCCAACCACCACGGAGACCACGACGACCACGGCGGCCAGUGACACCACCACCACGACGACGGCAGCCACCACGACCACCACCACGUCCUCCUCGUCCUCCUCCUCCUCGAAGGUCCAUCGCAAGCGGUUCAGGAUCAAGAACCUUAAGUACUCGAUUAAGCGCAGGGUGCACGUCUACCGGGCCACCAGUGCCAGUUCCACAUCCAGGAAUAGGCUGCUGCGAGGCCGCAAUCAGGGCUAAGUUCCCAAACCCAAACCCAAGUCAUAUCCCUACCUGCAAUAAAAACUAUUUUCCAAAACAACAUCUAAGUAUUUAAAACUAUGAGGAUAAUAGAAAGAUUAUGAAUAGCGAAGGAUUCCCCAAUGG